GUCAUACUAGAGGGGAGGAUGGGAGGUGGUGGGACUGUUGCAUACUCCAAGUAAUUCCAUUGAUACAUCCAAGAAGAGUAUCAACACCAUCAUUUUCUAACUUUAGAGGACUCGUUCCUGUUCACAUCUACCAAUGGCGUACAAGAUGAAAGGCGUAUUCAAGGGCCUCAAGGUCAUCUCUCAGAUCUUCGUGGUCAAGGAACAUCAGAUGGAGAUCGGUCAUCCCACUGAUGUGAAGCAUGUUGCGCAUAUAGGUUGGGACAGCCCAACAGGGAGUGCAGCUUCUCCUAGCUGGAUGAAUGACAUGAAGGGGUCACCGGACUUCUCAUCGCUGAGCAGCAUUGGACCGUCAGCACGCACCUCCUGGGCUUCUCAAGAUUUUGACGAGCCUCGUGUUAUAUCACCCUUUGGCAUUUUCCCAGAAAAUACGAGUCAAGAAGCAACCCCAUACCCUGACAUACCGAAGCCACCCAGGAAGUCAAGGAAGAAAUCCAAGACUGGUUCUCCGAGGGCAUCCGCGAGAUCCUCGAGGUCAUCAAGAUCAAGGUCCAAAAGCUCAUUUUCAUCUACCGCUGACACUAUUGGUGCCAGUGACAGACAACCUGAAAUCCAGACUGCAUAGACCAUUUGGUUCAGAUGAGCACUGGCGAAGGUAAAGUAGGCUGUGGAGGGUUCUGACUUGUGAGAGACUAUGCUUUGGUAUUCCGUUGAGAUUGACACAAGACUGGUUCUUUUUAACUCUUUAUGUUAAAGUGGGUGAUUAGAAGUAUGAAUUCUUUUAUUCUUUCCAAUUUAACGCAAAACUGGCAGUAGAAAUUUGUAGUUCUUGACGAGGCAAUGUACUCUGAGCCUCCAUGAAAUUCCCUGCACGAGGCAGCACCGCGGUUCCUAGAAUAAAUCGGGGAAAAUUUUUGCUCAUAGUUUAGUCAGAUUGAUGCAGAAGUGAGUUCAAAAUAGAGAAGUUUACAAUGCCAAGAAUUAAAAGCAAUAUACAACCAUUUGGUUCCUUUUGAGAUUAACACAUCGAUAUGGAUAUGGUAUGCUCUUACAAAUGCAAGUACAAUUCCAAAAUAAAAGUUGAACUCAAAUUAAUCGGCUGCCUAUUCAUCUGGUUCCCCAUAACAAAACGAAACAAAAACAAUGAUAGUCCCAUAUUCAAAUACCACAACUAAUUCGAUGAUU